ACGGGGCGGCUCGGUCAGUCAUGGCGCUGGAGGCUCGCAGGCGGCUCUUUAAAAUCCUCAUGCGCUUCGGCGCCAUCAUCCUGACCCGUUUCCCCUUCUGGAAUUGCUUCAGCAUGUUGAUGCUGUUCGCCGAGCGGGCCGACCAGCGCAGGAAACCAGAUAUUCCAGUGCCGUACCUCUAUUUUGAUAUGGGUGCAGCAGUUAUCUGUGCCAGUUUCAUGUCCUUCGGAGUGAAGAGGAGAUGGUUUGCUUUGGGAGCUGCCCUUCAGUUGGCUGUUAGCACAUAUGCAUCAUACAUUGGAGAGCAAGUGCAUUAUGGGGAUUGGCUCAAGGUAAGGAUGUAUUCCAGAACUAUAGCCGUUAUAGGAGGAUUUCUGAUUUUAGCAAGUGGUGCUGGUGAGGUUUAUCGGCAGAAGCCUCGGACAAGGUCACUGCAGUCUACUGGGCAAGUGUUUCUUGGCAUCAACCUUAUCUGUGUGGCCUACUCCCUGCAGCACAGUAAAGAGGACCGCCUGGCCUAUCUGAACCACAUCAUAGGAGGUGAAAUUAUGCUGCAGUUGUUAUUUGUACUGUAUGCUGUGCUGGCCUUGUCUUUCCUCUCUGGGUAUUGUGUACGGACUGCAGCCCAGAUACUCUCUGUUCUCAUGCCCCUUGUAGUUCUCUUUAUCGAUGGAAAUGUGGGCUAUUGGCACCAUUCCCGCCGGAUCGAGUUCUGGAAUCAAAUGAAGCUACUCGGGCAGAAUGUGGGCAUUUUUGGUGCUGUUAUAAUUUUGGCUACAGAUUGUUAAUAUUUUUUAAAUGUGGGGUUCUUCAAUGCAUGGCGCAAAUGAAACCACUGCCUUGUACUGCUAUUUAUUUGACAUUUUUUUAAAUGUAUAGGUUCUUAAAUAUAUUUUCAAUAUAGAUCAUAUUCUUGGACAAUUCUAAUGAUUAAACAACUUGUGUGUGAACAAUUGCUUGUAUACUGGUGAAUGUGCUGAAGAGCUGAGGGCCGACUUUGUGAAUGUAUGCUCCUAGGUUAGAGUUUGCUCUCCAGGACCAUGCAACAAGAAAUUAAGAGCUACUUUGGCUGGUCAGCUUUCAAGCCAGGAGUAUAUAUUUGGAAAAUGGGUCCACUUUCUGUUUAUUGAUCUACUUUUUCAUCAAAGUCCAAUUUAGGUAAAUUAUUAGUUCUGUUUGCUGCAUUACGAAUGAUAGAAAAGGUCCAUGAUUGUUACAGCGUGAUGUCCUUUGAUUUAUGUAACCGGUUAUGAUGUGUUCCUUUAUUUCCCUAGCAACGUAACUGUUAUCUCCUGCAAAAUAACUUGCUCACAGUUUUAAAAUCCCAAUUUUUUUUCCAUCUUAUAUUUCCUUACCUACUUGCCUUACUUACUCAUGCCAGCAAGCUGGGUUGGAGAGGUAUCAGCUGAUCUAGCCGACAGCUUCAAGAACCUGCUUUGUAUUGACCCAAUGGAUUUCUUACAGGUCACAGGCAGGACAUUUCCAAACACCAUUCCUUUUGUGUGACAUUUUUAUUUUUGACCCCAAUGUCAUGGACACUUCCCAGCUGCACAGUUUAACACUAAAGGCCACAUAUCCAUCAGCAGGUUUUUCACUGCUGUAGUAGUUUAAUCUAAGUAAACUCAAAACAAAAUGUCUGAUCCAAGCGGAUUACUCUUCUAAAAUGUCCCAUUUGUUUCUGUAGUAGGGUGGGCAGGUCACUGGUGAAGCUAAGCCAGAAGAUCAGUCGAUGAAUCGGCUCAGAUGGAUAUUGUAGACCAGAGCAACAUUGGUGUUGCAGUUGAGAUGUAGCACCUAUAUAUCAUUUGAAUGUAGCAAUCAUAAUGUUUCUUUUUUCUUUUUGCAAAGUAAGUGUUUUGUCUAACUUUUUAGCCCAUUCCAGUGAUUUUCACCAUUACUCCAAAUUCUAUUUGUCCUGUGAUUUUCUUUUUUGGGGGGAUCGGCAGGGGUAGAUUUCCCUUCACAAAUCACUAGCUUUAAUAAAUAGUUACCCAUAGAUGUAUGUCAGGUUAUAUUUUAAAAAUAUAAAACUGUCUUUUUAAUCUAAAUUUGCUUUUCAGGAUGCAUCAAAGAAGCCCUUUGUAUCCAAGUUUUUAGUGAAACAGUGAUGGGGAGAGCUUUGAUGUGCCCUGAGGGAUUUCCUCUCAAAGUAUGGCAAUUCAUCAGGAACAUUCAUUAGCUUUCAGACUGACUGUGAGCUUUCUUUCUCUCUCUUACCUUCUCUUCAGGCCUCCUUCCACCUUGCCAAUUAAAAUUGUGCUAAGAUUAUGCAGCCCUUCAAAAACACUUUGCGAACAAUCUAAAAACAAACCGAACAGAUUGAAAGCAGAAUUAAAAACUGAGGAAAUAUAUUGCAGAGCUUGUGACCAGCCAUAUUAUUGAUAGUUCAGUGACUGUGCUUAGUCAGAAUGAUGAAGACAUGAGUUGCAGUGGAGGAAUGGAUUAUAUGUUUAUAAUUUGUCCCAUUAGUCCUUACCAGUCAGUUAGAAUGCUUUGUUUGUAUCUUCCCAUUGCGAUAACACUUCUGUACAAUUUAUUUUUAUUAUUUCUACUUGCAAACAUGUAGAAAUGCAAUUUAUUUUUAACAAAAAUACAUCUAGCUAAAGGGUCUCUGUCCAUUGUGCUCAAUCUUAAAUCUUUCUUGUUUAUAAUCUGUUCAGGAUGUGUGGCGGGCUAAACUGAGUUCAUUGUCUUUGCUUUGGUAUUUGUUAGCUAUGUAGGAAUGGGAAGUGAAAGAUUUCACAGCAAAAACAUCCUGUUUGUUGAGGUAAGUUUUCUUAUAAAUCAAAGUACUGGUGAAAUGUUAGGGCAUCUGUUAACUCCUGUCAGUGAUGGCAGCUAGAUAACUUGCCUGAAAAAUAGGGUCUGUUUUCUACAUGGUAACACUAUUGUAGGCUUGUAGUUCAUGUUUCUAAAAUUUAUACAUCUCAAGUCUUAACAAUAUUUUAGUGGGAUUCAAAAUCUUAAUUUGUGAAUUUUGCUUAAAUUCAUAAAGAAUAUAAAACAAAUAUAUCCUUCUCCAGAUUAUUAUUGUUACUUAUUUUCCAUGAUCAUUUACAGUGAGUGGUAUGAAUCUGGAUAAACUGGAUCCAAUUCACUCACUGCUAUUUGUUUUGUGGUUGAUCUGAAUUGUAUAAGGCUACAUGGUUCAUAUAGCAGGGAUCUAUAUUGUGCUUCCAAUGCAAUGAUGUUGCUGUAUAUUUAAAGGGUUUAUAUCGAGUGAUGGCAUUUGAUCUGAAUUCAUUUUGGAGCCAUUCAUAAUGACGUACCUAUUGGGGUGCACUAUUCCUGUUUGUAUUUUUUUCCUAUCUACAUGUCAUAGUGGUAGAAGGAGGGAAAGAGAUCCCAUCGCUGUUUCAGCAUUGGACUGGUGCCGAAAUAGAUUGAACUUUGCGGUAUGGCUUUUCUCUGCUAAUAUAAAAGUCAACAGAUGAAUUGAAAUUCGCCAGUCACAAAGCAAUUCCUAGUAGCGUGUGUCAGACCACAAACUGUCCAUAAUAACAUGGCACCAAUUUGGGCAACUGACUUGGAUCUUGAUGGGUUGACGUAGGAAAUGGGACAUAUUCUUAACUGGUAGAGUUUGGAAUUAAGACAUCAAAGCAAGAAAUUGCAAAGUUUUAUUUCACAGGUAACCUUUGUGCAUUUUGACCUACGAGUGCCUUAUGCUGACGUUGGAUGCAAAAUGUUGAACAUAUUCAGUUGUCCCAGCACGAAUUUUUACAUUCACAUUAAAAGAAAGGGCACUAUGAAUAAUUAAAUGUUGAAAUGAAAAUAUCUGAAGUAAACUUGAACUCUUUGUUUAAAGCUCUUUAAAUACUUACUGACCAAUCUCAGGUAUAUUUCAUGGAUGGUUUUUCGGAAAUAAAUGUAUUUGAUAUAUAUUUAGGAAGACACACAGAUUGUCAACCAAGAAGUCUCCCAAUGACUAAUUAGAAUAAGAGUUCAUUAAUAAACUUGUAAUUUUAAAUUGUUUCAAUGCAACAUUUUUCAAUUAGUUUGAAAUGGCAUUAUUUUAUAGUGCUUGAUUAUCAAUUUAAAUAUAUGGUUUACAGUGUAAGUCCAAUACUCCUUCAAAAAUGGGAGCAACUGUUUUAAUUCAAGAAUGGGAGUUGUUACCAUUUAGUUCUGUGCUACCUGACAUGUAUUCUCUUUACAUGUUUAAUUUGGAUUUAUCUACAAUUACUUUUUUAAGCAAAGUUAAUUUGAGGUAGAAAAUGAUGGAUGCCGGUGAUAUCUUCAUUUAAACAGAAGCGUAUCGGAAUAUUCUUCAAUACAAUUCUUUUUGGCUGAGGUAUAUUUUUGUCAUUCCUCCAUGGAGCAAUACCAUUUUGCAUCUUCUUUAAGCAUUUUUCUUUAAUUAUGUGUAAUUAAUCAUUUAGAAUUCCUCCUGAUGCGAUAGCAAAUUGUAACAAGAUAACAGCAAUGAAUACAUGUCCCAAACCGGUAAAAAAAAGUUUCUUCUAAAUCAAAUACAAUUCUACAAGUAGAGAAUAUUUCAUGCUGAAAUUACUCCACUAGGAUUUUCUAUUAUGAAACUAAGAGGUUUUCUGGUACUGAAAUGCAGUAUCCCAAUUUUUUUUAAUCUCAUUGACUUUUGUGGCAGUCAAUUAAAUAAGGAUGAUUGUAGGACUAAAAUAGUUUAAAGCUUUCAAAGCAAAUUAGAAUGUAAUAACAUCAUCUGCUCUCACCAUGUUAGUCAAAUCCCAUCAAAUAUAUAUAUAUAUAUAUAUACCACUGAUGGCAAAUGCUACCGAUCAGCUUCAGUGUUUGCUAAUAUAGGAAAGGUGAAACCAACUUAAACUAUUCGGUGAUUACCAUGUGCUCUAAUUGUCCUUUCGCAAUUUGGAAUCUUUGAAUUUAGGCAAUAUGUCUUCCAUUUGAAAGUAUUCUUCAGGGAGAUUGGUUUUAUUAACUGGCACUUUGCCUUCCAUAUCUAGAUGUGUUUGUUUGUCUAUAGUUACACUGUAUUGAAAUCACACCAGAUGGGCACUUAAGAAUAUGCCCUCCUCUAAACACUCCUCAAAAUAUGUAGAUAGUUUAAAUUUAUUCUCUCCUUUCAUUCUGCCCUCUUUCUUGACAUUUUACAUACACUAUUUUGGAGGGAAGGGAUGCGUAUUGCCUAUUGAGUUUUGCUAAUGGUCCUCUGAAAAUGUGUGGUGAUCCAUAUCGAUCUAUUUUCCAAUUUCCACCCUCUUCCCUCCCCAGCCAAUACUGUAAAUACACCAGGGUGUCAAGGUGGGGGACUUGAUUUGGGCAUUGAUGCAAAUGUAGCAUUAACUACUAGCUUGUUGAUUCCAUUGACCCAACUCUCAUUAAAGAUAGAUUCACAACUUUUAAUUAAAAUGUUGGAUUUCUCUAACUAUUCUGUUCCAUUGACGAGGUUUUUUAUAAUCUGUAUUAUGAUUUAAUUUCACAAACUGGGUGUUCCUAAGUAAUUUAUGUUGGGGUAUAAGGAAAACCCAAUAGCUUGAAUCUGAUCUAAACUUCAUCCUUAAUUGAUGUGAAAACUCAAUUUAUUUUAUGUCAAAAAUAAUGUGACUAAGAAUAGUGAGGCUUGUCUUAUUUAAUACUGGUUAAAUGGGUGCAUUUCCUUUUUAUUUGGAUAAACCUAACCUUUCAUUAACAUGUUUGCCAAAUGGAACUUGAGCCAGUAACCAUGAAGUCUUCUCUGUGCACUUGCAUACACUGUUUGCACGACCUUGAUGAGCAUCAAUGCUAACGUCAUGGUAUUUUGUAAAUAUAUGUCAGGAAUAUUUCUCUGCCCGACAAUACAUCCCCAACCCCCAAUUAAUUGUCAAGGACUUUCUCAAAAUAGGUUGACAUUUUGUGACUGUAAGCACAUUGAAAGGAUUUUAGUAAUGGAACAUUUUGUCUUUGUAAAGGUGCUUGCAACAACAGUUGCAAUAUGUAGAGGAAAAAAAGGUUGUUGCUACCGCAAAAUCUAAUUCUUAUGUAAAACCUCUCGACACUCCCCACUUGUUACCAUAUCCUCAAGCCUAAGAAUUGAAAAUAUAAUUGAAUAUACUGGUGCAAUUUUGUUUUGCUAUGGUAUACAAACUGCCAACUGCAAUGAUCACAAAAGGUAACAUUUCAUCUUGCACAAGUUUUAAAGUUAAAUUUUGCACCGACAUGAAAGUUCCAUGUGCAGUCCUAAAACUAAAGGAAAAGUUUUUGAGGAGCUGUACAGCCUUGUGGUAAGUGGUUUAUCAGUCAAAUGCGGCUAAAGAAAAUAGAAAAUUAGGACCAAAUUAGUUUAGAGCCCAAGCACAUGGACCAGAUAAUCUAAGAAAAUACUUUGUAAUGUUGUUAUGUUUGUUAAUUUUAAGUGUUAAUCAAAUUAACUGGAGAAAUGUGACCAGGGCAAAAGAUCUGGACAACAAAAAAAAUCAUUAAAUUGUUUAGUGUGGAACAGUGCAUUUUAAGAGUUUCAGAUACAUGCUUCUAUGAUACUGUGGGUGGUAAUCUGUUUCAUCGUGGGCUUUUACUUGAAUUAUUGUAAUACAUGGCAGCCACUCUAUUGUACCAGUAUAGCUAAGGGCCUCAUUAAAGUCCUCUGAGAGAUUGAAUUUUCCACCCAUUGUUGAGAAAAUCUAGUCCCACCUGUCUGUUAAGCAGAAAACCCCAACACUGAAACUUGCAUGUAGGGGAAGUGUAAAAUUUAUGGACAUUGCUGGUUAUAUACUUGAAAUAUUUUACUAUUUAAUGCCUGCCUGGAUUAUCUUUGUGUAGCCAGCUUAAUUUUUCAAUAUAUGAAAUGCACUAUUGGCAAUGUAUGACUGAAAAAUGUUUACACAUUUGAAAAAGCAUAAUGUAUAAAUUUUAUGUAACUGAAUUGAUACUUUUAUUAAAAAGCUCAGACACC